AUGGCAACUGCACACCACCCUCGGAAGCUAUGUGCUCCAUGCAGCGCCUUGACGUUUACCAUGCUUCGAGACGGCUACGCUCAUCCAUUGACAUAUAAGGACACCAUCAAAUCCGGGGAAACAUGCGCAUUAUGUCGACUGAUGAUUUGCUCAACUGGCAAGCUUUCAGCCAAUCUAGACUCCUAUAAGAUGCACUAUCAAUAUCAUUCUUUGGCUCCCAGAUUACCCGAGCUACCAGCAGUCUCCAGGGAAGAAAUGAUAAUCUCGGGGCUAUCGCCACUCAUCGAAAGGUUGAAACCAUUGGCCGAGUUGCACUGGGGCACGAACCAAUAUAUUGGUGACCUGGAGAAUAGCUGGGAGGCCAAAAAGGGAAACUUCAACGAUGGUGAGACCAUUCAGAUUACAGCUCCAGCAGACUCGUUGUAUGGAGCCCAUGGCUUUGUGCCGCUUACCGAUGUCGAACCAGCAUCAUCUAAAAGAAACUACAGAGUGCUUCGAAAAUGGCUCUCUACCUGUAUGGCCAGCCAUCAAGGGUGUCGUUUAUCACACUCCAUGACAGAAAAGUCAGCCCAGGAAAUCACGGUGCUACCGACUAGAGUCAUCGAUAUAGGCGAUCUCAAAGAGCACCGGUCUAAGCCGCGGCUUUUUAUAUCGAACAAGGCAUCAGGACAGUACAUUGCUCUGAGCCAUCGUUGGAGCAAAUCAAUUGUCACAAAACUGAAGGGUGAAAACCUCAGCCAAUACCAGAACGAGCUCCCACUGAAUGAUAUGCCGCCAACAUUUCAGGACGCUAUAGAAGUGACACGCCAACUUGGUUUCCGUUAUCUUUGGAUUGACUCGCUCUGCAUCAUACAAGACGACGAGUCUGAUUGGUCGAAAGAGUCCCGUAUGAUGGGGAGUAUCUUUGAAGAGGCUAGUUGCACUAUCGCUGCUGUCGAUUCCGUGGACGACAAUGAGGUCGACCACGUCAAACUCACAAUUCCCUACAAGAAAGAACCUCUCAGCAAGCUAUCCCAACGAGUAUUCAAGACCCAUGCGGCAGUCUAUGUCUGGAAGAUGCGAUGGUUAAGGGAAAUACCAACCAUGAAAACUUGCGACAAAAACACUAUCACAAUUCGUCCACGCAUUGUGUCGUCCUGGAGACGUAUUCCACGGUCCAACUGGCAUCAGAGGGGCUGGGUAUUGCAGGAAAGGUGCCUCUCUCGACGGCUGAUAUAUUAUACAAAGAACAAGCUCUCCUGGUCUUGCUUUACCCAAAGUGGCGAGGAGGAGGGCGGUGAUCCCCAAGAGGCUGACAGGAUCCCUCUGAUUCCGCUGCGGAGAGAAAGUGACGAAUCACUAUCCGACAUUUGGCAGGGUAUCGUUUCAGAUUACCAAGGCUGCCAGCUGACGUUUAGCAAAGACAGGCUGGCCGCUGUUGCUGGUAUUUCUGCUAGGUUAGAAGCCCAGUUUCAGUGCAAGAUCUACGCAGGAAUCCUGUUCCACUCACCUGGCGACGCCGCGGAGAAUUUGCUCUGGUAUGCCAGUAAGGCACCUCUGCGGACCUUUAACGAGUUUCACGCGCCAUCAUGGGCCUGGGCUGCUUUUGAUGGCGAGAUAUCGUUCUUCAUGCCAACGCCACGUGGAACUAGCGAGCUUUUGAUAGACAGGCUAGACUUCAAGAUUCGUAAUCAGUGCGAGUCGGUGGACCUAUCAAAAGAUUGCAAAGGAACUUGUGUGUCUGGGAGUGUUUCUUUUGAAGGUCCGGCCGGAAAACUUACUCGGGGAGGCAAGCUGAAGGAUUUAAAAAUUGCGGGAGGUCCAGACGAUCCAAUUAACGAAAGAGAGAUCCUGGCUAAGAUCCUAGGCCAUUCUCUUGUGCCAGGUAUCGCCAUACCGCGGUUUGACGAAUUGGGAAACAUGGUUCGAAUGCCAUAUAACCUGCCAGUACCAGAUCACACAGAGAUACUGGAGGAUGAAUGCGGCUGCAUCAUCGGAUUUUUCAUACCGGACCUUGAGGAAGAGCUUGAGCAAGCCACAGGUGAGCAACAGAUGAUAUGUGUGGGCGUAAAGCGCUAUCAGGACCAGUAUGGGCAACAGAGCGACACUAUUGAGAUCAUCGGACUCCGUGAGAUAUGUCAUUCUCCGAUGAUGUUUCAGAGGUUAGGAAAAGGCAGAGUCAUGUGCAACGCAUGGUUGCGAAGAUCCAGGCGAUUUCUAUUCGAAGUGUGUUGA